CUCACAGCCUUACUGGCCACGCGCUCAGACCACGAGUCAAGGAUCUUUGGGGCUCGGUCUUCUGCGGGUCGGCAUCUUAGGGCAUUGUUAAUGACCCACAGUUGGAUGCCGCCGUCUUCAUUUUCGCUGCAGCCGCGGUCGGCACAUCAUCGAGUCCAGCAUUCACGGAUGUGACAGCUGGGCCCUUCGACCGUCUCUACAACCGCGUUCUUCCUGCGGUACAUCCAGCGCAAUGCUCGCCGUAUUGUGGUCCCUGCCGCUGUUUGUCCUCGGUGCCGCCUGCACGAAGGUCACACAUCACGAAUUCAAUGUCACGUGGGUGAACCGCAACCCCGAUGGCCGUCGCGACAGGCCUGUGAUGGGGAUUAACGGGCAAUGGCCCAUACCUGCUCUGCGCGUUACCAAGGGCGAGCGCGUUGUUAUCACGGUGCGCAACCAGCUCGGCAACGAGACGACCAGCUUGCAUUGGCAUGGUCUGUACAUGAAUGGCACAGCGUACAUGGACGGCCCGCCAGGCGUGACGCAAUGCGAGAUCCCUCAUGGAGACAGCUUCAUUUAUGAUUUUACAGUCGAUCAGCCAGGGACGUACUGGUUUCAUUCGCACACCCGUGGACAGUAUCCUGAUGGACUUCGCGCCCCACUUAUCGUACAUGAUCCGGAGAACCCCUUUCAGAAAGAGUUCAACGAAGAGAUCGUGCUUUCAUUUUCCGACUGGUACCAUGAUUUGAUGAGACCUCUUCUCUCGUCUUUCGUCAGCGUCACAAAUCCGACGGGCGCUGAGCCAGUGCCCAGCUCGGCGUUGAUCAACGAUUCGCAAAACAUCACAGUCUCUGUGCAGCCGGGGAAGACCUAUCUGAUACGCAUGGUGAACAUGGCCGCUUUUGCAGGCAUGUAUGUAUGGUUCCAGGAAUGCACGGUGAAGGUGGUGGAAGUGGAUGGCAUAUACACUGGGCCUGUCGAGACGAGCAUGCUUUACCUUACGGCUGGCCAGAGGUAUUCCGUCCUCCUUACCGUAGACAGCGGCAGGUUGACCAACAUCCCCUUUGUGGCUAGUAUGGACGAGGAGCUGUUCGAUGCUCUUCCGGCUGAUUUGAACUCUAACGUGACUGGAUGGCUUGUUGUAGACGAGACAAAAGAGCUUUCGCCGCCGUUGGAGCUUGAUGCUUUCGAGCCUCUGGACGACAUCUUACUCCAGCCUCUGGACAACCUAGUCGCGCUCAACACUGUCGACAGGAGCAUUACGCUUGACAUCAAGAUGGACAACCUGGGCGAUGGUGCUAACUACGCCUUCUUCAACGACGUCACUUACGCAGAACCCCGAGUCCCCGCCUUGUACACCGUCAUGUCGUCAGGCGAACACGCCAACAACCCUCUCAUUUACGGAAGCCACACAAACUCCUUCGUGCUGAACGCAAAUGAAACUGUCGAGAUCAUCCUAAACAACAACGAUGACGGAAAACAUCCCUUUCACCUCCACGGCCACGCGUUCCAAGUGAUCCAGCGCUCCGCCGAAGACUCGGGCAACUACUCCCCCAGCACCGCCCCCAAAAGCCCCUCCGCCCCACUCCGUCGCGACACCGUCCUCGUCCAGCCCAACGGCCACGCCGUCCUGCGUUUUCGCAGCGACAACCCCGGCAUCUGGCUGUUCCACUGCCACAUUGAAUGGCACGUCGCGUCCGGGCUGAUCGCGACCUUCAUCGAGGCCCCGCGCGCGCUGCAGGCCCAGCGCGUGCCCCCCGCCCACCUCGCGCUGUGUGAGCGGAAUCACCCACCUGUACUGACUGCUGGUAACGCGGCGGGGAAUGCACGCGACUGGGAGGACUUGAGCGGCGAGCCGGCGCCGCCCGGGCCGCUGCCGGAAGGGUUCACGGCGAAGGGUAUUUUUGCGAUUUUGAUUAGCGCGUUGAAUGCGUGUGCUAUGGUUGGUAUGAUUGCGUGGUAUGGAAUGUUGGGUGGGCCGCGGAAGGAGGAGGGUGUUGAUGCUCACGAUGAGCAAAGGGGCGAGAGCCGGCCGUUGUUGGCGGAGGGGGAGGCGAGGUAGUGGGGCGCGAGGUAGGCUGGAUUUAGACAGAACGACAACUUGGAUGAGGAGUAUCGGAUG